AUGCCGCGCGACGAGUCUUCUAGUGCCGCAAAAACGCGCGCGGUCCGCACUUCUCACGCACCUUACAACGUCACGAGAAAGGUCGGGCGACCGGCGAAAGCCGCUAAGCAGCCAAAGACUUCAGCUCAGGCUCCGACUUCAACGACUAGGCCGCAUCUUACCACCGCCGACUGGCUGCUUGUCUAUGCUUUCCGGGAUGCGAAUCCAGGGCUCACGCACACUGAGAUUGUCGAACACUUCAAAACUCGUCCCGAAGGUCCUCUCCUGUUUACGCAGCCCACUCUCUCGCGCAAACUUGGCACAGCGGCUCGCGAAGCCGUCGAGAGUCGCGCAAAUGCUACACCCACCGGACUGUCAUCUAAACGUGACCGCAUCGUGACGGAACCCCUCGUCGAACAAGCUCUCGUCAAACUGUGCAAUCAAUUCGAGGCUCGUGGGGACCACUACACUGGCGACAUGCUGCAGGUCGCACGCGGGCGCUUUGAGGAGAUGUUCGACAUUCCCCUUGAGCGACGCCUCAAAGAGAAGGGCUGGAUAGCUUCGUUCAAGAAGACCUACGGCAUCUCGGAGUAUGCUCGGCACGGCGAAGCUGGCUCCGUCGAUCUGGCUGCUGUCGAGCGCGAGAAGAAGCGCCUUGCCGCCGAGCUCGCCCCAUACUCGCCGGACGACAGUUACAACGCAGACGAAACUGGCUGCUUUCUGUACGCACUCCCUUCGCGCGGACUGGCAACACGUCAGAUGAGCGGCAAGAAGGAUAACAAGACUCGGAUCAGCUUGCUCUUCUGUGUCAACGCUUCAGGGACCGACAAGCUUGAGCCGCUCUUUAUCGGAAAAGCUGCGAAGCCUGUUGCCUUCGGGAGGAAGUCACCGCGUGCCUCUGGCUUUGACUACGAGAACAAUGCAACUGCAUGGAUGACCAUGGUGAUUUUUGAGAAGUGGCUGAAGCGUGUUGACCGUCGCAUGCGUGCAGAGGGCCGCCACAUCGCCCUGACCCUCGACAACUUCAAGGGUCACUACGUUGCUUACAAGCCCACGAACAUCAAGCUCGUCUUCUUCGAACCAAAUAUGACGUCCUUUGUUCAGCCUUGCGACGCCGGCGUCAUCCGAUGCUUCAAGGCUAUUUACCGCCGUGAAUUCUGCCGUUAUGCCCUCGACCAGCAUGACUCCGACCCCGAGAUCAAGGAUGUCUGGAAGAUGGACUUCAAGCAAGCACUGAUCAUGAUCCGUGACGCAUGGAAGCAGGUCUCUGCGGAGACAAUCAAGAACUGCUGGACCCACACGAGUAUCCGC